AACUCCAAGCAACAUCAAUCCUCUGACUUCUAUUACCAAACGUACCAAAUUAUAUUCAGAGAUCUCUCCUAAUCCUGCAAUUUGUGGAGGUUUUAGUUACCAAGGUCCAUCUCCUAAGCUCUUUCUUCAUCCUCUUAUCCUUUGUCCAAGCUUUAGCAAUCUUGCGACUCAUUUUCCUAGACACAGCUCCAUAUCUUUUGGAAGGUUUCCAUGGAAGAAGUUGAAAUCCCGUCUUAUUUCCUAUGUCCCAUAUCCCUUCAAAUCAUGAGAGAUCCGGUGACCCUCACCACCGGCAUCAGCUACGAGCGCGAGAGCAUCGAGCGAUGGAUAUUCUCCGGGAAGCACGAGAUAUGCCCGGUCACCAAACAGCCAUUGCCCGACCUCGAACUCACACCCAACCACACCCUCCGAAGACUAAUCCAGGCAUGGUGCGCCGCCAAUGCCUCCUAUGGCAUCGAGAGGUUCCCCACUCCCCGCCCUCCGGUCGACAAAGCCCAGAUCGCCGCCCUCCUCGAUGAGGCCAAGCUCCCUCACUCCCAGAUGAGCGCCCUUCGCAAGCUCAAAGCCAUCGUCUCCGAGAGCGAGCGCAAUAAACGGUGCGUCGUCGAGGCCUCCGGUGCAGUGGACUUCUUAGCAUCUCUCAUAAAGAAAAGCAAAUCUAACCCAAGAGAGCAUGAACAAGAAGGAAUAAUAUCAAUCAAUGACGCAAUAGAUCAGUCGUCCCAAAAUACUGCUAGUGAUGAAGCUCUCAGCAUUCUUUACUCUCUCCAAAUCUCGGAACAAAGCCUUCUCCAUCUCAUUGAAAGCAAUAAUGACAUCAUCGAGUCACUGACGACCAUUUUACGUCGAUCAAACUAUCGGUCACGGGCUUAUGCCAUCCUGCUGCUUAAAUCUCUAGUCUCGGUGAUCGCUCCGAGCCGAUUGACGAGUUUCAGUCAGGAAUUCUUUGAAGAGGUGGUAAGCGUGCUGCGAGACCAGAUAUCACACCAGGCCGCGAGGGCAGCACUGCAGGUCCUGGGCGUGCUGAGCCCAUGGGGAAGGAACAAGGUUAAGGCGGUGGAAGCUGGUGCGGUGCAGGUGGUGAUCGAGUUGCUUCUGGACGAGACCGAGAGGAGGGCGUGCGAGGUGAUGCUGGUGGUUCUGGACCGGCUGUGCGGGUGCGCAGAGGGGCGGGCGGAGAUGGUGGGGCAUGCAGCAGGGCUUGCAGUGGUGUCGAAGAAGGUGGUCGGGGUUACGCAGGUGGCGAGCGAGAGGGCGGUGAGGAUACUGUACUCGGUGGCCAGGUUCUCGCCGACACCGGCGGUGCUGCACGAGAUGGUUCAGGUAGGGGUGGUGACUAAGCUCUGCAUGUUUCUUCAGAUGGAGAGUGGGGAGAAGGCAAAGGAGAAGGCCAAGGAGAUACUUAGGUUGCAUUCCAAGGUUUGGAGGAAUUCUCCUUGUUUAGCUCCCGAGUUCCUGGCUUCAUACCCUCGUUAGAGGAAAAAGAAAUUAAGGGUGGGUUUAGACCACUAUAGUGUAUGAUGUAAUUGAUUAGAGAGUAUUGGUGUGCAUUAAAAAUGAUUUGGAGCUCACCCAAAUUAAGGAUGUCCACAAAAGCAGGGAUUAGAUUUUUCUUUUUUUUUAAAAAAAAUAAUAAUAAUAUCAACACUUGCUAAUUGUGUUCUCAAA